AUGGUCAACACCUCCCCCCCUUGGCUCAAGCUUAAUUUUGACGGUGCUACUCGCAGUGGUUCUGUGGCAGGGGGCAGAAUUAACAGGGACUGCUUGGGCAACCUGGUUUUGGCCUAUGCAGAAAAUUUUGACUCUGUCUCGAGCAACAUGGCUGAAGCCCUUGCUCUCUUUUGGGGGCUUAAGCUAGCUCUUGGCAUCAAUGUCAAACGACUGAUCAUUGAAGGGGACUUUGAAUUGAUUAUUGAGGCCACUAAAGGCAUUUCAGGGAUCAGCUGGAUGAUCAACAAUGUCAUCAAGGACAUUUGGUCCAUGAUAGUUUGGCUAGAGGAAUUUUAA